UACUCGUUCGGCAAGCACGCGGAAACAGCUGAGUUUCGUUAUGCACAUAAAUGCGAUUCGCUGAGUGCGCAGUAGUGCUAAAAUAGUGACGUCUGCUUUCCAUAACUGGGACGGCAACAGAAUAUUGAGUAAAAAAAUUGCAACCCGUCGAUUCGGCUUCAGUUUUUGUAUUGUGAUUUGGACAUUAAACAGUUUUUUGUCAUUCGAUGGUGGCUUGUGAUAUGAAAACAGAAAAGCAAAUCGGUGUGGCCAGUUGUGAUGGACAGUGAAUGAUAAAUCAGGAGGAAAAUAUUUUCGCACUAUCUACCAUGAUGUAUAAAGAUCAACUAUCUACCGUGCACAAACGCUGCUCGCGUUACUGCUUCUCGAGCAUGGUUCAAGAUAACAUGUGAAUACAGGUGCUAAAAGUCCUGAUAAUGUUUAAAAAUAAUACCUAGUGAAAAACACAGAAUCUCUGUGAAAUAGUUACACAUUUGUUGUCUGGUAUAUCAAGCUGAAAAGUGGUUGCACAAGAGAAAGGAAGAAAAAAUGGAAACCCACCUGGCUGGUGGAGGUACCGCGGUGACCAUGGCAAAUAAAUCCCUGAUGGCCACACUAGCACCGAGUGCACUGAAUAGCAGUAGCUGGGUCACAGGCGCUGCCGUACACCUGCUAGAAAGUGACCAUGACGACGAACAGAAAACUAUCUCAAUGGAUAAUCUAUACCCGGCACUGGUACAGUGCUUUGCCAUCAUUAUUUGUGGGUACCUCGCCGGUCGGCUAAACAUUAUCUCCAACACUGAGGCCAAAGGUCUCAACACAUUUGUCGGCACGUUUGCCCUCCCUUCGGUCAUUUUUCUGUCGCUAGCGGAGCUGAACUGGAGCACGGUUAAUUGGAACUUUUUGCUAGCGAUUUUGAUUUCCAAGACUGUAGUCUUUCUCGCGGUGGCGGUCAUCUCUCUGCUGGUGGCACGACCUACCAACUAUGGCCGGGCUGGAUUGCUGGCCAUCUUUUGCACCCAGAGCAAUGACUUCGCGAUUGGAUUUCCCAUCGUGACGGCGUUGUACUCGAAAAUUCAUCCGGAGUAUGCAUCGUACAUUUAUCUGCUGGCUCCAAUCUCACUGGCGGUUUUAAACCCGAUCGGAUAUGUGUUGAUGGAAAUUUCCAAAAUUAAAGCGAAAUCGACAGAAAAUGAGGCACUUGCUACCCGUCGUUCCUCGUUGCCGCCCUGCUCACAGCUAUCGGAUUCCAAUGGUUCCAGCCGCAGCCUGCUGAAAGGCAAAGUUCUAGUCAUCAUAAAAACCAUUGAAUCCGUAUUUUUUAACCCGGUGCUACUGAUGACCGUUCUGGGAGUAGUUGGCGGACAAAUAUUUCGCAACGGUCUUCCAGUUGUACUCUCCAGCAUCUUGCAGGUGUUGGGGAAUUCUUUCUCCGCCACGGCUCUUUUUCUACUGGGACUACGCAUGGUUGGCAAUGCAUCCACGCUACAAGGUCCCGGUUUCAUUCUGCCGGGAAUUCUAAUUAUAGUAAAACUACUCGUGCUACCGUUGGUAACGCGCCAAACAGUGAACAUUAUGAACGCUGGAGCUAAUUUCUCCGAAACAACUGACCUCAGCACUUUUGGAUUUCUAUACGGAACAUUCCCUGCUGCGCCGGGAGUGUUUGUUAUCGCCUCACAGUACAAUCAGGAUGUGGACCUGAUCGCUUGCAGUAUGGUUGCCUCGACCUUCAUUAGCGCUCCGCUGAUGUUUAUAUCGGCUAAGAUGAUCACCAUCACCAACCUGAAGCCGUCCGAUUACCUAAACGAGCUGGACAAGUUUUCCUUUGACAUCAGUAUCGUGGCCAUUUGCUGCUCGGUGUGGAUGCUGCUGCUGUUUGCGUUUACCCGUCGCAUUCGCAAAAUGCCACAUCGGGUGACAAGCUGUUUGAUCAUAUCACAGCUGAUCUGCAACGUCGGUGUGAUCAUGUGGUCCUCGUUCGAACAGAACAGCGGCUGGAAGAUGUACUUGCAGUUCUAUUUUUUCACAAUCGGAUGUUACAGCAGUCGCCUCUGGACCGCCUUUCUGGCAAUUACGAUUUUGUUUCUGCAGUGUCGCAGUCUGUGUUUCGUACUUAAGUUGUGGCCUCUGUUUAUCGCCGCAGCCUGGGGCUUACCGACGUUAAUAGUAUCUUUACUAUUUUUAUUAGACACCAAGAACAUUACCCCAACCGAAAAACGCAAUCCGAGCUUUCAGUACGGUAACGCACAGGCUGCGAUCGCCGUGUUUCUGCUAGUCAUGUGUUUCAUCGUCACAGUUGGUUGUUUGAUUUUACAUCAGCGCUUUAAGAAGCGACACGAGAAGUAUCUAACCCUGUCCAGGGAAGUCUCCUCACCGGACACGGACAGCAGUACAAUGGGUUCAAGCUCGGUAGCAAAUCUGAUUCAGGAGGAAUUGAGCAACGGCUGCGCGGGUGGAGUUUCGGGAACAACGGUGCACCGACGCAGGCCUUCGUUGACAUCAAGUGAUGAUGAGAUUUUACGGGGAGGAAAUGCUCAAUCGGGCAAUUGCGGAGGAAGUAGCGGUUGCUGCACUAACCAAAAUACCAUUCGAACUGUGGUCGAUAUUGAAGAUUUGAUUACACAACAAAGCGUAAACGAUGAUGUUGAUAACGACGAAGUAACCCCUGCCAAUGGAAUGUGCUCGGCUCAGUUCAAUUGCCCGUCGGCUUCUAAACAGCAAUGCCAAUCACUAAUUGAUCGGUAUCGCGAACACGCCAGUGACGGAUUAGAGCCGCUGGAAGUGGAUAAUGCUGCCGAUGCGCAUCAAACUCUCAAACACAUGGUCUUGCUGAUCCUGUUGCUUUGCUCCAUGUUCGUAGGUCUCGCCCUUUCGGUGUGGACUUUGAUCAUGGAGGGAAUGUCCGGCAUCUACGUUGAGCUAACGUUCCUAGAUGCGUUCCUCAACUUCGGACAAAGCAUCAUCGUCCUAGCGGUGUUUAUAACUGACACGGGAGAACUGCUGCUGCCGUUGAUGAAAUUCUGGCGUAAGAUUUGGUAUGGAGCCAACAUGCUGCAGCUGCCGAUUUGGAGCGAUAUAAGUGCUGAGACGCGACACAUUUGUGACCAAUUCACGACGCAUCAUUUGGACAAUUGCCGAAGGACUAUUGCCAAGGAUAAAAGAUGGCGUAUUAAAAUCUACAAGAAAGUUUUCUACGGCAGUGCUUUCGUCGACUGGCUAUUAGAGUUGGGCUUGGCCAAAGAUCGUUUGGACGCGACCCAUUACGCACGCCGACUGGUGGACGGUCGCGUCCUGCGGCAUAUCAAUAAUGUUUACCAUUUCCACGACCGCAAUCUGCUGUACACGUUCUGCGAUCGUUUAUAAAUUUACUGGAUUUUAUUACCUUGAUUUCGUAGUUUGUAAAAACUAUCCUUUGCACUCGAUCUGAAGUGCUCUGCUUGCUAUCGCACCGGCAGCCAGUAUUUCUAGAAAGUUUUCGAAUAUGAGAGUGCUACUCCCAAAACUUUCUAGAUGUAAUUUGUGUGGAUAGUGUGCCGAGCACUGUGGAAGUACUGUUAUACCAAAAACAAUCGACGAAGCUGGAAAAUAUUGUGAUUACUAGUUUUUGUAUGAAAUUUAACCUUAUAUAAGUUAGUCCUGUUUCGGGUUAGUAUUUGUUAUUUUAAAGUAUUUAUUGCCCAAAGCUGAAUUACUUCAUGAAGAAGAAAAAAAGCAACAACUGUAAAUGUGACAAAGUUACAAUUUGUCCAAUAAGUGUGUGAUGCGAUGUAAAAAUUUAACAGCAGCCUUCAAAAAGAGCGUAUCUACUAGUUAAGUAAAGCUUGCCUAAAGGUUCUCAAGACAAAUAAAAUACCUGCAAUGUUUUUAGUCAUUCUAUCAUCAAAACUUUAUAUUAGAGAAGUUAUAAAUGAAUAUAUUUUAAGGCAAUUGA